GGUCAAUUAUUGCGUUAGAAAAGACUUGAAAAGUCAAAGAAAGCUCGUCGAAACCAUCCUUGUCUUCACAUAUUAUUUUUUAUUUUAUUUUCAGAAUUAAACAUUACAAUUGUCGGACUUUUCAAAUUAGCUAGCAACCAAAGUCUGACCAUUUCCACUUGAAAUUAAAUAAGAUACAACAACCAUAAAAUCUCAUCACAUCUCUCUAAGUAUAAAUUAUAACACAUUGAUCAAACUCUCUCUCAUUCCAACAAACAACAACAAUCAUCUCUUUACUUCUCUCUUCACAUCAUCUUUCUUGAAUUCUUUAUAUACACAGUUUAAAGAUGCAAAUGCUAAGAAGCUUGAGCACGAGGACAAGAAGCCGUCGUGGAGGAUACGAGAGAGUGAGUGAUGAUUCAACUUUCAGUUUACUCGGAGCAAAGCUAAGGAGAUCGACGAGUGUUCCUUACUACGCACCAUCUAUAAAGCUUGGAGCUGGUGGUGUUCCGACCAUUCUUGAGGAGCUUCCUCGUCAGAAAUCAAAGAAAGUCAAACCAACAGGCAAAUUUAGUCACCCAAUCUUUAGUCUUUUCUACGGAAAGAAGAAGAAGUCGACGACGACGAAGCCUGAGUUUUCUAGGUAUCUUGAGUAUUUAAAGGAAGGUGGUAUGUGGGAUGCCAGAGCUAAUGCGCCUGUUAUCUAUUACAAGUAGAUCGAUAUAUGAAUUUGUUAAAACAAAUAAUCAAGAAAGAGAGAGGGUGAUGAAAGUUUUCUUUUAUUUGUUUAGUUCAAAUCUUCUUCAAUUUGUGAUGAUAUUAUUUGUAUAUAUAUUUCAACGAUCCAAUAUUGUUAUGUUUUAUAAGCAUAUUACAAGUAUUGGAAACAAAAUUGUAUGCUUUUGAGCACAUUUUGAUUGGAAAUGAUUUUGAGUUUGAAAGCAAUGUCUUAGACGAGUCGAAAUUAAAAAAAAAAGUCAACAGUCAAACUUGGUAGUCCAGCUGAAACGAUGCCGUUUAGUAGAAAAAUCUCAAUAGCUUAUCUCCGUUGGUUACGUGGAG